GAUCUUGGAAGGGGCUUCCGGGCUGGUAGAGUGGUGGCCAGUAGAGGUGAGCAAGGCCGAGAGUGAACGGGCUUCAGCCUUCAUCCUGUUUUUUUGUUUGUUUUUUUUUUUUUUUUCCCCUGAAAGAAAUGGCGCGCGGAGAGGACAGGCUGGGGCAAUUUCCAGAACAGGAGACGGAGGUUUCUCAGGCCAUAUGCACGGGGACGGACGCAACAGGGCUCUAGAGCUGGGCGAGUGCUGGCAGGCCACUGGGAUGGCUUUGUUAUCCACGCGGGUGACUUCCCGAUCCCAAUCCCAAUCUGACUCCAACAGGAGGCCGAGCCGGACACUUCCUUACACUCAUUGGAAGAAGAGGGUGACUCAUGUUACACAGGGUCCGAGCUUCCCUCCCAGUAGCUGCUAAGUCUUAGCUUUAAAAGGAAGUGACAUGGGUGGGGAGAGACGUCAGCUGAGGACCACCUUUUUUCCCUUCCUGAAGGGUCCACCCCUUUGGGUGGAGUCUCGCUUUUUCUUUCCAGUGUUGGCUGACUUACAGCUUCUCUAAAGUAGAGGCAGUUUCUGAACCCUAGGCUUCUGCCUCGCCAGUGAGCACCAAUGCAAAGAGCUGCUUGGAGCGAGACACUUUCCUGAGCCCUGGACCUUUCUCCCUUCUGGAACUAUCCCCACCACACGGAUUUAUCUCUUUUGAGAAUCCCCACAUCAUGGACCUCAUCGGGCUGCUGAAGUCCCAGUUUCUGUGUCAUCUAGUCUUCUGCUACGUGUUCAUCGCCUCAGGGCUCAUUGUCAACGCCAUCCAGCUGUGCACGCUAAUCAUCUGGCCCAUCAACAAGCAGCUGUUCCGCAAGAUCAAUGCCAGACUCUGCUACUGUGUCUCCAGCCAGUUGGUGAUGCUUCUGGAGUGGUGGUCAGGCACGGAGUGUACCCUCUACACCGACCCAAAGGCCUCCCCCCACUACGGGAAGGAAAACGCCAUCGUGGUCCUCAAUCACAAGUUUGAGAUUGACUUUCUCUGUGGCUGGAGCCUGGCUGAGCGCCUAGGGAUCCUGGGGAACUCCAAAGUCCUGGCCAAGAAAGAACUGGCUUAUGUCCCAAUCAUUGGCUGGAUGUGGUACUUUGUGGAAAUGAUCUUCUGCACGCGCAAGUGGGAGCAAGAUCGGCAGACGGUUGCCAAGAGUCUGCUUCACCUCAGGGAUUACCCAGAGAAGUAUCUGUUCCUGAUCCACUGUGAGGGCACACGGUUCACGGAGAAGAAACACCAAAUCAGCAUGCAGGUGGCCCAAGCCAAGGGGCUGCCCAGCCUCAAGCACCAUCUGCUGCCACGCACCAAGGGCUUCGCUAUCACCGUGAAGUGCUUGCGAGAUGUUGUCCCAGCUGUAUAUGACUGUACACUCAAUUUCAGAAACAAUGAAAACCCAACACUGCUGGGAGUCUUAAAUGGAAAGAAAUAUCACGCUGACUGCUACGUUAGGAGGAUCCCCAUGGAAGACAUCCCUGAGGACGAGGACAAGUGCUCGGCCUGGUUACAUAAGCUCUACCAGGAGAAGGAUGCCUUUCAAGAGGAAUACUACAGGACAGGGGUCUUCCCAGAGACUCCCUGGGUUCCCCCACGGCGGCCCUGGUCUCUGGUCAACUGGUUGUUCUGGGCAUCCCUGCUGCUCUAUCCUUUCUUCCAGUUCCUUGUUAGCAUGGUCAGCAGUGGUUCCUCGGUGACACUGGCCAGCUUGGUCCUCAUCUUCUGUAUGGCCUCCAUGGGUGUUCGAUGGAUGAUUGGCGUGACAGAAAUCGACAAGGGCUCUGCCUAUGGCAACAUCGACAACAAACGGAAACAAACGGACUGAUGCAGGAAUGUCACCUCCAAAGGGAACCCUGGGGGACUGCUGGCCUCUCAGCUUAGCCUUUGAAACAGGGUUCAGUGAUGGAGACUGGGGGGCCUUGCUGGGACAAACAGAAACCACAGCCCUUCCAGUCACGGAAUUUGCCUCAGCGCUGGAUGGGAAAGGAAGAUGGUUUUAGACCUUUCCCCUCCCCUCCUCCCUGUGUGAAUUUGUGGGUUUGGUUCCGUUUCUUUUUCAGUUGCACACGUGUUUGUGUGUAUGUGUGUGUGAGAGAGAUGGGGUGAGAAUGGGUGCGUGGUUGCGUGUGUGCUUGUGACCCUGUGAGGCUGCAGGGAAGGGCAGGGCUGGGGUGGAAGGGAAGGUGUCCCUGCCAUCCCGUGGUGCUGCAUCUUCUCUAACCCUCGACUGCCGGAGACGGAGUGGGAAGAGCUUUGGGUAAGAUGACUAAAUUAUGCCUCCAAAUAAGAAAAAGAAUUAAAGUGUUUGUCUGGGUUGUCUGUGGCAA